GGGAAACUUGUUCUAGUGCCAGUUACUUUCUGCAACGUGCUGCGCAUUUUUACGUUCUCUGGCAGCGCAGCAGUGUUGUUGCACAAUGGUGCUGACCUAAAUUGUGAUGACAGAGAAGGACCUAGACUUUCGGAUCUGGCAAACCAAGCUGUACAUUUUGCAACGUGAUGCGCCCACUCCGCAUAUGAUCGCGUGCACGAAAGAGUUGGCCUACCGUCCACCUCAAUAUGGACUGGAAUAUCACGGACCUAUUUCGAGGAUGGAAACCGAGAGACUAAUGGAGGAUGCUCCUGAUGGGGCUUAUUUGAUAAGAGAAAGCCAGCGGGCUCCAAACUCCUAUACAUUAGUGAUUCGAUUCGAUAAUGUCGCCAGAAAUUAUAUGCUGUUUUACGACGCCGAAAAGCAGCAACAUUACGUGGGGGAAAAGUGCUUUGAUACAGUGGAGAUGUUAGUUGCCGACGGGUUAAUACAUUUUAAUGUUGAAACUCGGGGUGCUGAUGUUUUGCGGAAAAUGGCGGAAGCAAAUACUUACGAGAAAACCCCAUUUUAUCGAAUGCGGUACCAUACAUUCAACGUUGGGGAACCGAAUCAUCACUUCGAACGGAUGCUGAAUAAGUGCAUCGGGAUACAAAACAAAUCUUUACACACGAACGACUCUGCGUCUCCUCGUGUUCGCGUUUUGGGUUCACCAGCUAGUGAUGUGCCUUCUGUCACUACACCUUCGUUGGACUACUUUCAACCUGAUACCAGUCAUCCUUCGCAACAGAUCAGGGAUGAUGAUGUGGACUCGAGUACACCCUCAUCUUGUGACGAACUUGACGAGUCUCCAGUGAAUGCUCUGCCCACCGAGACUACACUUGGCCAUCGCCCGUAUCGAACACGUCCACCCCCUUCAGCUGUGCAAGUCGGAGUCGUCUGGCGUGCGGAUCAGCGUACUAAUUCAGCUGAUCUUGUUGACUCUCUCAAUCAGAUGGAACCACCAGUGCCGCCCGUUCGAAGCACCUCCGGUUCUCAUGCGAAGCACUACUUGUUAACUAGUACCACAGAUAAUGCGCCUGGCCAACCGCAGGAUGGCUUGACAACUGUGACCGGUCGAAUGCCCAUUCCUGGCAAUACAGACCCUGUUAGUAGUAUCCCACCGAAGACGUUUAACAGUUUCACGUUCUCUGAGCUCAAGCCUGGCAUUCCAACGUCUUCCACUGCGCUCCUCUCCGAAUUUUCAAGCUCUUCGGCAACCCAUGUGGUUGUGGCAAGCAGCGACGAUGCCGUUAGUCUGUUGAGUAAAAGUGAAGCUUCAUCGUCAACCGUCUCCCCAGGUUCAACACCCGAAAGACACCCAUGCUUUACCAACAAGAACGGUAUCCACCUGCCUGUCUCCUCGUCGGAACUGCUUGGGACGCUACCGAACGCGCCUGAGUAUAAAGAUGAUGACAGCCGAGCAGUGAUUAAUCUGAUGGAGCGAUACCGGCUGCCGACUGUUUGCCUGGCUGCAGAUCAGACGUUACCAACGGACACCGAGAGGAGGAAGCAUAACUUCAAGGUGCACACCUAUCGAGGUCCUCAUUGGUGUGACUUUUGCACUCAUUUCAUUUGGGGUCUCGUUGCGCAAGGUGUUAAGUGUGCCGACUGCGGUUUUCAGGCUCACAAACGCUGCUCUGACCUAGUGCCAGACGAUUGUCUCCCCGAUAUUAAGCAAAUGAAGCGCGUUUUCGGGGUGGAUUUGAUUGGACUCACUCUGGCCGAAAGAAAGCCAAUCCCAACUAUUUUGGAGCGAUGUGUCGAGGAGAUAGAACGACGAGGAGCUCUCGAAUCAGAAGGCUUAUACCGUGUCCCCGGGAACCACGAUCGUAUCGAACAGGCGCGCUCCGCAUUUGACAAAAACUCUGAAACAGCUGUAUUGUCCCCUUCUCGCAUCCCCGAUGUGAAUGUUAUUACCAGUCUGAUCAAAGCAUUUUUGCGUCAGUUACCUGUGCCUCUUAUCACGUACGAGGCGUACCCGAAACUCAUGGAUAUUAUUCGUGACAGUCAACUAAACGAAGCAGAAAAGCUAGUCGAAAUCUCCAUCGUUUUGUCCACCUUACCUGCUGCUCAUUACGAAAGCCUUCGCUUCUUCCUGCGCCAUAUACACAGAGUUGCAUGCAAUCAUAAGAAGAACAUGAUGUCAGUGCAAAACUUGGCCGUGGUUCUCGCUCCGAGUCUGAUGAGUUCGUCCUAUUCGGACCCGUUAAGUUGCCUGACCGGAAUGAAAUUUGAACACGCCCUAAUGGAGCUACUCAUUCGAGAAUACAUACGACUUUUCCCACCCUUUGAUCGUUUCAAUCGAAGGUCGUCCGCGUUGGACUGUCAUAGUCAGCCUACUCCUCACCCUACACCCGAUCGGCCAACCAGUCAGUGGAUCCAGUUCAUCCCAUCUUCGGAAUCGAUACCAGCGGCGGUCGGCCAAGUCAAGCGUCGGUUCGUGAAACAUCGCCGAUCGAUAGACACAGGACUGCUUACUUCUCAGACUGUUACAUCCGGUGUCUCAAAUGCAACACCGAAACCCUUCUCUCCUGUUAACACAAAAUUUUGACACCCCCGGUGUAUCCACCAAGUGUUUUUCACAGCAGAUCGCUAUUCCUGUAAACGUACUAUAUACUUUAUGUUAUUUUUAUAAUUCGGGCCUCGCGUUUACCUCAUUUUUUCCCAUCUUUCAAUGCCAAUGUGCAUAUUACCAUGUGCUCCCCGAGCCCCGUCACCCCACUUACACAAUCCUGAUGUAACACCGAGAGGGCUUUCAUUCAUUUCGUACUUGUUUCUUUGUUUGGCAAACUUUAUACUUAUCUUACGAGUGAUAGGCGCCAACUAUAUCACUGGAACAAAUUGUUGCGCUUCACAAUGCUUUAGACAUCCUCAUUUCAUUGUACGUAGUCGCGUUUUUCCACAUCGUGUCUACAAACAGACCUAGAUAUUGGAGUACUUUUCCCCGCCGUUCUUUUCUAUGCACUAACUACCUUUCACUGAAUACCAAUACUUUAUACUUAUAUUCUUGAACUGACCGUUCUGUAAAUAUCCCUUAUUGUACAACGCUGCGGACCACCAAGACACUGCUUUUGAUGUAA